AUGUUGCUGGACAGCAACCUUCCCUCAUGCCAUGACCUGAAGAAACAAAUCCUCUCAACAUACAUCAGGCUGAGGUUAAGGAUUGCAUCAAAGUGCAUCAGGGCUGAGAGGAAGGAUAAACAUAAAGGGUAUCUUGGCAGCAAGAGUCAGAGUUUUCUGCAGAACAGGAAUCCAGACUUCAAGCCAGAGUGCCACAACCUGGGGUGGGGGCAUGGCCAUGGGGGGGGCCGCAUCCCAUCCUCCACCCUGCACCGGGACAGGCGCUGGGGCUGGGGGUCCUGGAGCACUGGCCCAUCCAGGGGAGCUCCCAGACUCUCGGAGCUCAGGCCCUGGCUGAGCGGGGGGACGCUCGCAGCCACAGGAGGUGGAGGUAGUACUCUGGGAGGAGGUGGGGCGGAGAAGGGAGGCAGGGUGAGAUGCUCCCGCAGGGUCUGGGUUCUCCUUGGCUCCUUGGUCCUCAUCUUCCUCACCUCGCUAUUCUUCUCCGUCUCACUCCGUGGGGGUGUCGGUCUCAACUACCUGGAGCCCCCCGGGUGGGAGGAGUCAAGGCGGGUGAAGCUAGUGCCCAGCUACACGGGCGCACACAGGCUGUCAACACCCGACACCUCGCAACAGAAGACGUGCGCCUGCUCGCACUGUGUCGGAGACCCUGGGGUUUCUGAUUGGUUCGAUGAGAACUACGACCCAGACAUCUCACCUGUGUGGACCCGAGACAACAUCCAGCUGCCCUCUGAUGUAUACUACUGGUGGGUGAUGCUACAGCCCCAGUUUAAACCCCACAGCAUCCAGCAGGUGUUGCUGAGGCUGUUCCAGGUGAUUCCUGGAAGGUCGCCGUACGGCUCGUGGGAUCCGGGACGCUGCCUGCGCUGCGCCGUGGUGGGCAACUCCGGAAACCUCAGAGGGGCCGGAUAUGGGCCGACCAUUGACGGGCACAACCACGUCAUGAGAAUAAACCUGGCCCCCACAGUAGGGUACGAGGAAGACGCCGGCAGCCACACCACACACCACUUCAUGUACCCGGAGAGCGCCAAGAACCUGGCAGCCAAUGUCAGCUUCGUCCUGGUUCCCUUCAAAACGCUGGAUCUCGUCUGGAUCACCAGCGCUCUGUCUACCGGCCAGAUCCGAUUUACUUACGCUCCUGUGAAGCAGUUCCUGCGCGUAGAUAAAGACAAGGUCCAGGUCUUUAACCCAGCUUUCUUUAAAUACAUCCACGACCGCUGGACCACACACAAUGGGCGCUACCCCUCCACUGGCAUGCUAGUGCUGUUCUUUGCCCUGCAUGUCUGUGACGAGGUUAAUGUGUUUGGCUUCGGGGCAGACAGCAGGGGAAACUGGCACCACUACUGGGAGCAGAACCGCUACUCCGGGGAGUUCAGGAAGACCGGUGUCCACGAUGCGGACUACGAAGCCCAGAUCAUCGAGCGGCUGGCCAAGGCCGGCAAGAUCACUUUAUUCCCCGGGAAGUAACCAGCAAAUCAUCCUUUGUAUCUUAGUCUUCCAUCACUGGUACGGCGACAGACACUAUAGAGUCUGCUUAGAACGAGUUAGAUAUUUUAACCAAAAGCUUACUGGUCGCUGGUUCCAAACAAUGAUAUUCCGUUCACUUUCCCUUAGUUCUGAGAGCCAGUCGAGGCCCUGAUGGAGAAGACUCCAAAUAACCAACGGGGAACAUAUAGAUCCAGAUGUAGUUCUGCUUUUCACAACUGGCUUAAAGGUGGGAGUUAAGCCUUACAUUCAACUCGGAUUGAAGAACGAGUGAACACUGGACAGCAGGAAAACUCAUUCAAUCACAACAAAAAGCCACUCUGACUUAAGGACGCAGAGAGAGCGUACUGGAAAGGCCACAGUAAUAGCACCGUCAGCAUUAUGGAGACUAUUGUUCUAUACUUGGAAGUGUGUAAAACGUACACCCUCUAAGUACGCGGCUCUGUACCGUAGACCUGCUGACAAAACUGGCAAUCUGUUGACCAGUUGAGACUCGAAGACUCACAUUUCCAUCUCUUACAGAACCCUGGGCCAUGACUUUAUGUGAGUUCUGCCUCACCAGACAGCGUUACAAGGACCCGUUCUGACUGUGAUGGGCUGUAAAACUCUGGGGUAUAAGCCAAUGUGUGAUUGCUGUGGGUUAUAUCAUGUGUCCUCGAAACCCACUCCCCUUGGGUCCUUUACAGGCUUAGCAAGGCCUUGACAACGUGUAGCAGACUAACAGAAACAUAAUCAGGCCUUUUGCCUUUUGACCGUUCUGACCCACACAGAUCACUGCAGCACUAGCAUGAGCCUGCUAACCCCACAGCUGAGCUUAAGACUUUAUUCACACAGGCAGGGAGGGUUCUGGGAGGAGCGUUGAUUUGACUGCUCUAAUGAGGACAAGAGUUUGUCUCCUGGGAUUUAAUGUUUGGAUGGAGUUUCAUCCCCAUGUGGUCUGUCAGGGUCUAAUUUGGGAGACUGGUUCUUCAUGCCCCAGCUCUCUGAGGCAGCAUGAGGAGCACAUCGUCUUUCUCCAGAGAAAAACUUGUUGGUUCACUGUUUCCGUGCAGCAGACUUCUACAAAAACUGCUUUGGGCUCGCCACUUUGGCUUUCUGACAGGACUGAGACAUCAGGGGAACCUCGCUCUGUUUCUUUGCCCUUACACAGAACUGACUUAUGUAUCCCAGAGGAGUUAAGAGACUGUCAGGAGCAUUUUGCUUCAGAUUAAGGCCCAUAUCAUGGGGUGAAAGAAAAACCCCACUGAGUCUCUCCAUCGGCCACUAGCACUGGUUCCCGCUUAGCCAAUUAAAACUUCAGCUAUCUCUAGAGCGGGCGGAGCCACCAGACGCCUUAGACUUCAUAGAGUGGUGCAGUGACGAGUCCUAAAACCCGGAAGUGAGUUAGCAUUUUACCACUUCCGGUUCCCUCGUCUCAGAGCCAAUGGGAUUUCUCCAUAGGAUUUUUGGAAAAUAGCUCGAAAUAAGGUCUGUGGUUGACACAAAUUUCAGAGACGGAUAACGUUUUGUUCUACGACAUUAAAUAAUAAUCAGCAGUGGUGAUUUUUGAAGAG